AUGACUCGCGCCGGUCACUAGUGCGACUUGGUCUUGGCGCAUCGUACAGCCAUCUCUACGGCGCUCCAAAGCAUUCGCUACUCAGACCACACCCCAACACUCUGGACAGCGGCGGGGGGGUUCGAUGCCUGGGUCAAGAUGCAGUUGUCCACGCUGACCAUCACGCUGGUGCGUCAUGCGCAAUCGGAGGAUAAUGCGAAUGGCUACUUGGCAGGUCAUCGGGAUGCGCCCUUGACCUCUCUCGGUCGAUCGCAAGCUCGUCUGCUAGGCAAAGCUUUCCAAUGGUCCGAACUGCUGGCCGUCUACUCUUCCGACCUCAAACGAGCGCGCGAGACUGCUGAAAUUCUAGUAGCUUCCAAUCACACCGUUCCUCCGCCCACACUGGUUCAUACCAGAGCUUUGAGGGAGCAAUACUUUGGGGUGAUGGAGGGGAAAAGCUGGAAGGAGACGGAUUGGAAACCUCCUACUGCGAACGAUGAUAGGGAUCAAAAGUUUGAGGGUGGUGGAGAGAGCUUUGAGGAUGUGGGUGCUAGAAUGAGGAGCGCGGCUAGGAGGUACAUCAUACCGAGGGUAGAGAGCUUGAGGAAUGCGCCCAGUGCAGCAGAUGGACGGGGGGCCAUGGCUACGAGCGCGGGCGUUGCGAGACCUGGCGUUGGCGUCGAAGGUGGCCACAUUGUCGUCGUGGCGCACGGCAUUACCAUUGCAGAGCUCCUGCGGUACUUUAUGUCCUUGCACGAUUCCAGUCUGACAAGUCGAUCGCCCUGGCCUGAUCCCCGUCUAAGCUACACUCGCGUCAGGCUGGAGAAUACGGGCUUUACAACCAUUGAGCUGGCCGUGCCGAUGCUUGGCGGCGGGGCAGAUCCUGCUCUGGAAACGUCACCAGGCAGACUACGCUCCCAUAGUCUGGAGGAGUCGCACAUCGAUUUGAAUGGCCAAGUGAGGACAAGUCCUUCGGGUUCCAUCCUACCGACAGGCACAUCGCAAGGAAGACCUACAUACGUGAGGAUCGUGGAGCAGAACAAUGUUCAGCAUUUGAAAAGUCUGCAAGUAACGGCUUCCAGAUCGACGUCUGGUCUGGCUAGCGGGCCGACAGGAUCGGUCAUGCCUCAUACAACGCCUGCCAUGGAUGAGUUGAGCGGAGCAUUGGGUCUGACGCAGACUCCCGCCAGCACGAUGGGCGAUGGUGCGUCUCCCCCUCAUCCCCCUUCUAGCGUCAACGCUGUUUUUUCCAGACUGCCUCUGGUAUCAUCAGCAGCGCCUAGCAACAGCAGCAACAGCCUGAACAACAAUGCUGGACAGUCGGCCAAAAGCGUGGGCAAUUACGAUGCAAGUUUCAUGUUGAAGGAAUUGGAAAGGGCUGGAAACGCAUCCGCUAUGCUGAGCGGUAAUGGAAUUGCGGACGGCGGCGAGCUGCAAUGGCAACAGUCUCAAGGACCUGCUAGCAAUGCUGCGCAGCACCAGCAGCAGGGACCCUCCUCUUCAGCUUCACAAUCUCCUCAACAUGUUCGAGAAGGCUCCCUUUCCGCCUCUGCGACAGCAGGUGUAGCCAAUGCUAAUGCGCAAUAUUCGCCCUCUCCCGCUGCUGCGGCACAAUUGCAAUUCGGCACUGAAGGGGGUUCGAACAAUGCAGCUGGACCAUAUGCGCCUUCAGCGCAAGCGUCCGGUCCUUCAGGCAUGGCAGGCCCAACGCCCGUGUCGGACAUUUGGCAAAACGUUUGCAUACGAGUCUUGCCUCUGUUCAACGGCGAAGGGUUGAAGGCGCCCAUUGAAGAUCUGAACCAGAACGUCAUGCUGCACAUCAUGCAAACGUUGGACAAAUCGCCAGCUAGAGCUUUGGACUCGCUCUCUUCGGACCUUUGCAACCUGAUGAGCACGGCUUGUUUUACGCUCAAUGCGAAGCUGCAAGCUUCGGGCGUGCUAGAGGAUGACCAGAGAUUUUUGAAACGAUUGGUAGAGCUGUGGAUGUUCUUCUUUGGCAGCGUACUGCCUUACCUAGAAGGUGUCUUUUUGCCGCUGCAGACAGACCCCGUCCUGCUCAGUCUUACAAAGUCAUCGGACCCUGACCAGACCAGCGGCGCGCCAUCUCAGCCAAAUCCAUCUAGACAUGCGCCUUCUCAGUCGAAUCAUUCACAUUCGACGAAUCAGAGCAUCAAUACAGCUAUGUCCAUUUCCAACAAACCGACAUCAGCGGUCGGCACGGCCUUCGCGGCUUCUGGAAGGAGCACGCAAAAGAUAGAUGUGAGGAGGAUUUGUCUGAUCGGGUUUAGGGAUUGCGUGAUCCUGCCCAUCUACGAGCGUCUGGUGUUGCUCUUCCACAAUAUACGUGAAUACGAGGGAGAAGCACUGGCCGGCUCCAAGGCUGGUUUUGGCGGUGGAAAUGCGGCCUAUUCGGUCGCUUCGGAGUUGGGCUACGACUCGACGGGUCAACAAUCCGUAAGGAAUACCAUCUCGCCCAGAUUGCUGCAGAUGACGACGGUGCUAGCUAGUGUGCUUUCCAACGACGAGGCGCAAGCGUGCACGGACGCGCUGGUCAAGGCGUUGCGAGCCGGCUCGAGCACGGACGCUGACAGGGAGACGGGCAAGGGACCCAACCAGAAAGGGUCUGCGACGGCAGCUUCGGCCUUCAGUUUGGCGCAUUCCAAUGGGACCAGAGGCAAUACCAACAGGAUGGGCUGGUUACCGCAGAGCGCGAUCAAGCAUGGUACGAGAGCCACGCCUGCAAAUCAAGCCUCGACCCUGCAUUCUACGCAAGCUAACGACGAGACGGUGGACGAUACUUCCAUGGCUGUCCCUUCCGAAUGGAACACCACUCACUUUUCUAGGACCAUGCCUACGCCUGCUCAUGCGACUAGGGUGGGCCCUGCUACCCCCCUCAGACUUCAGCGGUCCAAUAUCAACGCACCUUUGGGUCUAGCUCAAUACGUCACGGAAGAGGAAUACCUGUCAUCCCUCAGAUCUCCUGCUGAAUCUUCCCCCUCCCCUUCGCCCUCUGCGGACGAGGGCGGGAUGGAGAGGGAAGGGUAUAGAUGGGCAACGGGAGGAAUGCAAGAGAACGACGAAGAAAGAAGAGGCAGCACUUCGAGCGAAUUGACCACUGCUCCGCCACCUUUUGCCGCUCCUUCUGACUCUUGGGCAGCAUCAUUCCAUGCGCCAACAGACCCGCCAUAUCCAUCUUCCAUCUCUUCUGGCUCUACUACGCUUGCGAGUCGUCGAGCGCGACAGCAUUCUAACAACAAUGACUCCACGCAUCCAGAGGGCGAAACGCCUUCUGCUUCUGACACGCUGGCGCAGCCAAGUCUGGAGAGCGGCUCGUUGGGAUUGACGGUUGUUUGAUCACCUCGGACAUUGGAGACGCAUGCGAGCGUGCAUGUGUAUGCAACCCAUCUUCCACAACAUCGACGUCUCUGUCGUAGGCUCUGCCCCCCAAAGUGUGAGCCCCGCCAGCGAUUCCGAUCGAUGAUGUAUUGCAAAAGCUUCCUUCCGCGUCACGCGCUUUUCUUUGGCAGGUUCACUCUCACCCGCACAAGCAUGUCAUUCAUGCAGCCACGCUUCGCACAUCUUCUCUGCUCUUUGUGACGCCCGCACGUGCUCGGCGUUACCUGCCAGUAUUAGGCGCCUUUGGGGGGUGCUCGAAUGUCACACGAUGUCUUGACGAAAGUGCAAUAAGCAGGCGCACUAUAUGAUUUAGC